GCCAGCAGAGAGUGUGUGUGCAUGAGGGUGUGCUUGCUUUCAGGUCUUCAUUAUCUUAUCAAGCUGCUGAAUCCAGGAACUAUUCUCUCCCCAUUUCUUGUGCUUGGAAUUCAUCACCGAGAUGCAUGCCUUCCUGCUUGACAUUUGUGGUGAAACCUUCAAAAUCUCCUCUUCUUGCAAACUGAAAAUCUAAAAUGGAAAUGUAAGCAAAAAGGAGAAUAAAAACACAAGGCACUGAAGACACGGCUGGCAAUGGAUAGCUCCACUGCAAUUAACUGGGAUCUAUAGCUACUAGCUGCUAUAACAGACACCUAGAUUGUUCUUCAUUUACAUUUUUCAUUUUACCUUUUUUCUUCUAAUAAUCAGUCCUUUCAGGAUGGAUGCUUUCUAUCUGGACAUUUGCAACCUGCUCUGCAGGACAAAGUGGUAUUAUUUUUGAUAGCUGAGAUCUAAGCGGGGAGCACCAUCAAGCAUUCAGAGUCCUAGCUGCACAAUGAAGCCCCUUCGAAGACAUUCAGGUUUUCUUCAGAGGUUAAAGGAAUAUACCUGUUAAAUUCAUAUUUUCAUCGGAAGACGGGAAACCAAGCAGCACUUUCAUUUUUUUUCCAUGGUUCCUACAAAAGUUCCUAUCAGCACACUUUUUUCUAAUAAUGUUUUAUUUUAAAGAUCCUCAGUGAAACCUGUAUAGAAAGAAAUUUGUUUAGACUUUUAAUCUUUGCUACUUGUGGAUCUGGCAAUAACCAAGUGCAAAGAAAGAAGGGCUUUGCUUAAUUACAACACAUUACAGUGCUUUUCUUUUGGGGUAUUAUUUUUUUUAACCUUUUGCAUAUAAACAGUCAUUCACAUGGUUUGUUGACUGGAACUAGAUUCUGACAAAAAAGCUUAUUAAGUUGCAUUUUUCGAGUUGCCGGUAUUAGCCCAAUAUUCACAACCAUGUGCAGGUGCUCUUCAAAUCUUGCUCGAAGAAAGCUCUUUGCUCCUUAAAAGAGCCCAUUUCUCUGCCGCUGUUAUAUGCACUACGUUUUGCCGCGUGACCCAAUGAGUAGAGGAGCGACCUUGCAACGCAGGACUACUUUCCUCAUCUCACUAACCCUAGUAAAACUUGAGGCUGUAAGCGAUGAUGGCCAGCGGGAGAAAACUUGCGGAGAGGAUGAAGGCUCUGUGGGCCCUGGCGAAGCCAUUCGCAUCACAUGCCAGGAAUUUAAGGAAAAGGAGGAUGCUUCUGUCUCUGAAGGUGGGGUAGACAAUGGGCAUGUUAGCCCACAGCGAGAAGAUGUGGUAAACCAGCAGGAUGUUCAGGAUGGUUUCACCAAUGAAGUCAUCAACCACCAAGUUAAAGAACAGAAGCAUCAAAGGGGAACGCGAGGCACAGCAAAAAAGGGAAGUAAUACACAUAUUCUGCAGAGAGCUAUGGCAAUGCAAUGUGAUGAAAGCACUUUUCUGCCUUCUGAAUUUAUGGACACAAAUGAGCCUUAUUCAAAUUCUACUAGCACUAGUCCAGUGUCAGACUCUGGAAACCAAGGAAGUAUCCAUGAGGCUCAGAGAGGCCAGUUACAAACUGGAGUAGAAAAAAUACAAAGCACUUUAGCCCCAGAGCAAGGCCUAGCAGUCUUAACUGAUAAGAACCUUACAGAUGAAUCUCAGCAUGAAGAGGCUGUGAGUACAGCAGUGGUACAGGCCUUAAAUAGCCAGUCUGAGAAACUUUCACCAUCUUUCUGCCUAGUGCGAGGCCAACACAAUGUCGACCAUGCUGGUGCUGCUGAACGGUGCCAACCACAGUUACUAGGCAGCCAGAGUUCUGAUGCACCGCCAAUUCAGAAACCUGGGGCACGAGAAAUCAAGAAGCUAGCAAGUCCAAAAUCUCUAGAAAAAGGAGGUAGUAAGUUUCAGACUGGUGGCAAGUUUGCAGAGAGAGGUGUCAGGACUCUGAAACUUAGUAGCAAUAAGCCAUUUAAAAUAGAGACAACAAAAACACUGGAAAGGAAGGAAAAGGGGAUAAAAGGCACAAAUCGCUUAUCUUGGCAUGAGAGUGAGGUAAAGUCCAAGUCACGGCUGGGGGUAAAAAGUAGCCCACGGAUAGAAAGCACAAAGGGACCAGGGGACACUCCAAAACUAAGAACGCACUUAUCAGUUUCUCACAAAAGUCUACAAAAGGGCAAAAGCAAAACAUUAGACAACAGUGACCUGCACAUCUUUGUAGAAGAUGUGAAAUUUGUACAGGAUGGCAGUGGGUCAGAGAAAAUUAGGCCUUCCACACGGGAUCGGAAAAUGCUUAAGUUUAUUAGUGGAAUUUUUACCAAAAGUACAGCCUCAACACUGUCCCCUGCCCCUACCUCUGGAUUAAGUCAAAGAGAAUUUGGCUAUGAAGAGCGCUCAGUGGCCUUUGCAAACAGUCAGGAAUGGACAUUGAGCCAAUCAGUAGCCGAACUCAAAGUGGGUGUUCUAGGAAGUAUUAAAAGUGGAAAAUCAGCUCUCGUCCAUCGAUUUGUGACAGGAGCCUACACAGGGAUUGAAUCAGCUGAAGGUGGUCGAUUUAAAAAGGAGGUGAUUGUAGAUGGUCAGAAUUAUCUAAUGCUGAUCAGAGAAGAAGGAGAUGUGCCUGAUGCUCAGUUUUCAGCCUGGGUAGAUGCUGUCAUCUUCGUUUUCAGUCUGGAGAAUGAAGCAACGUUUCAGGACGUCUGCAAAUACUACACUUUGCUGGCCAAUUACCGUAGUAUUACUGAGAUGGUCUUAAUGCUGGUGGGUACACAAGACAAGAUAAGUUCAGUGAACCCAAGAGUAAUUGACGAUGGCCAAGCAAGAAAGCUGUGUACUGACAUGAAACGCUGUGCAUACUAUGAAACAUGUGCAACAUACGGCCUGAAUGUUGACCGCGUUUUCAAUGAAGUUGCCCAGAAGAUUGUGACCAUGAAGAAACAACAGCAGCUUUUCCUAGCCUCAUGCAAGUCCCUGCCAAACUCACCUAGUCAUUCUGCAGUUUCCACGCCAGUCUCUCAUGCAGGGCAGGCGAGCAACGGGGGUCAUGUCAGUGAUUAUUCCUCAUCACUGCCUUCAACACCAAAUAUUGGUCAUCGAGAGCUUCGGAGUGAUGUGUCACUAGGCCAGAGCACUCCAGGUUCUAUUCACAGAGGAACAAAACGGAGAACCAGCCUUUUCACUAACCGACGAGGCAGUGAUUCAGAGAAGAGGAGUUUAGAUAGCAAAGGAGACAACAUUGGAAGUGGCCGUGCAAUCCCAAUUAAACAGAGCUUUUUGCAGAAGAGAAGUGGCCAUUCCCUGAACAAAGAGUGGAAGAAGAAGUAUGUCACACUGUCCAAUAAUGGGGUCCUGUCCUAUCACCCAAAUAUGAAUGAUUACAUGCAGAAUAACCAUGGGAAAGAGAUUGACCUGGUUAGGACAACAGUGAAGGUGCCAGGCAAACGGCCUCCACGAGCCUUCUCUUCGUGUGGAGCUUCUUCUUCCAACAUCAAUGGACUUGUGAAGGAUGUGAGUGGCAUGCAAGUUACAGAAAAUGCAAAUACUCCCAGUCCAGGAGCUCUGGUUCCAGUGGAAGAACAAGGAUUUGGCAACACUUUGAGUUCUGACAAAAACCUUCAGAGAUGCCCUUCAUCAGCCUCAGCCAAAGGGCAAAGUAUAGAUCUUACCACAACAGGGGACAGUUUAUCCAGUCCAUCUGGUGGAAAGGAGCACUCAGCAUCACCAAUGGUUGAAAGAAAAAAGCACCGGAGGAAGAAAAGUAUGAACACUUCCAGGCCCGAGGGGAAUGUUGGACAAGCUGAAGCCAAGCGCAAAAUGUGGAAAUUAAAAAGCUUUGGUAGUUUAAGAAAUAUUUACAAAACAGAAGAGGAGAAUUUUGAGUUUAUCAUCGUUUCCAGCACGGGGCAGACUUGGCAUUUUGAAGCCAGUAGUUUUGAAGAACGUGAUGGCUGGGUGCAGGCCAUUGAAAGCCAGAUCCUUGCUAGCUUACAGUCCUGUGAGAGCAGCAAAAACAAGGCUCGCCUCGACAGUCAGAGUGAAGCUGUUGCUCUUCAGGCGAUCCGAAAUGCCAAAGGAAAUGAUUCCUGCGUGGAUUGUUGUACUCCAAAUCCUACAUGGGCUAGCUUAAACUUAGGCGCCCUGAUCUGUAUAGAAUGCUCUGGUAUUCACCGAAAUCUUGGAACUCAUCUGUCCCGUGUGCGUUCUCUUGAUUUGGAUGAUUGGCCACUGGAGCUCACCCUAGUCUUAACAUCCAUUGGGAAUGAGAUGGCCAACAGCAUCUGGGAGUGCAACACUCAUAACAGAACAAAACCCACCCGUGACUCAUCUCGAGAGGAAAGAGAAUCAUGGAUCAGGGCAAAAUAUGAACAAAAGUUGUUUCUGGCACCCCUUAUGAACUCUGACAUUCCAAUUGGAAAGCACCUGUUUAAAUCGGUAACAGAGAAGGACAUCCCAAAUGUUCUCCUACUUCUUGCCCACAGCAACAAAGAGCAAAUUAAUAUGAACACUGGAGAUAAGGACAAGCGUACAGCUCUUCAUGUGGCCUGUGAACUCUCCAACCCUGUCAUAACACAGCUCCUUGUCUGGUAUGGCAGCGAUGUGAAAGCUCGAGACAUCCAUGGGCACACAGCUUUGGUGUAUGCUAAAAAAGCUGGGAGUCAGGAGUGUAUACGUAUACUGCUACAGCAUGACUGUCCCCAGGAUGGUUACAACACAAUCAUUACCCCGAGCGUCAGCAGAAGAAGCAGCACCAAAAGCAUAGGACGGACUGAUUCACGAACAGCUCUUGUGUAACUGAUUUGAGUUGAGCACUUCAUGCUUUCACUGACCCCCAAGUCAUCUUCACCCCAGAGAAUGUACAGUGCUGAACUAGCCUGUGUACUUAUUAUUUCUACUGGUCAAACCAGCGCAUCAGGCAGCAAUAGAUUCCACAGGGUACAGGGAAAGAUGACACUGUAAAGUAGUAAUUUUUGUGGUCAUGUUCAAGUUUAAAAGCCUUUCUAUAGUGUUUUCAUGAUUUUAUUUUUUUCUUGUAAUAUUGAAGCACUUCUUAAAUGAAAGAAAACUGAUAGCAAGCACCCUUACAGUAAAUGGAUGUUGCACCUUUGACAUUGAUGUGUGGUGAUGCACUUUGUGAGACUUACUGUGGCCCUCUACCAUCUUACUGGGAAAAUAUAAAGAGCAGUGCAUCACCCUGAAAAAAUGAAUGAGGUCUGAUGUAUUAAAGUGUGGUCCCUGUGCACAAUGGGCCGGUGGCUGCAUAAGGGAAAGACAAAACGUCAAACAAGCCAUUGCAGUGCCAACAAGACAUAUAUAUGGUAAAGAAAGGAAGGCACAAACAGAACUGUGCCAAUGGUUGCUUAUUUAACUUUUCUUUUCUUUAUGUAGAAUUGGCAAUACUCAUAUGAAAUCUAUUUUCUUUGAUUAUCAAAACUUCAGGCUUUAAGGAUUAUUUGCAAUUUAACCCAUGUCUUACCCAAUAUCCCCAAUUCCUGGCAUUGCAUAUUGAUCACAAGUGUAUGUUAUUCAGGGUGAUUGUUUUGCACAUGUUGAAAAAAGGGUAAUAUGUUGAAUGAAUUGCCUAAGAUAGCAUGCCAAUCAGUUGAUUUGAUAAAUAUUAAUUGGUUGGAUAUGCUUUUAGAAGUGGAAUAAAUUUGCACAGAACAGGGUCUAAACAUUUUCGUACUCAAGUAAAGCAGAUGAAUAAUGGGAUAGAUGAGCAAAAGGUACGUAGUAGUUGUUAAAGAGGGAUGGUGAGGUAUUUGUAACCUGCACACCUUACCAUUGAUGACUUCUUUAACAGGAAUAAAUGCAUUACAGGUAUCAAUACCAUAGUCUUCAGAAGACUGACUGAAAGCUGAAUAAUUCUACAAGGUAUCAUGUAUUCUUUGCAUGACAUAUCAGUAUUCUAAAGUCAUUAUACAGGGUAGCCCUCUGGGUACAGUGUUCUUGUUUACAAAUGUGGUCCCUGUCUGUAUAGUGCAGGUGUAUUUGGCUGCCAGGAGAAUACCUUUCCUGUUCUUCUUUAAAAUGCAUGUAGUUAAUGAGAUUGUAAUGCACAGUGACAGUGUUACAUAUUGGGUGCAAUAUGCACUUCUGCUUCAGAUAGUGUCUUUAUUUCUUGUUGCCAUAAACAUUCCAGUUGAGUUGUGGCAUUUCAUUUCCUUAAAUGUCCUGCUCCUACGUAUUUCUGCAGCAGUCUGGAUUGGAGGACUUCAUGGUCUAAUGAUGUGCCCAAGAUGACAAGCCAAAUGUAUGAAUUUCGGUGGAGCUGAUCUCUCCACCAAAUCACACCACUUUAUGUUCUUCCCUUUAGACUACAUGGACUACAGAAGCACCCCAGAAGGAUUUUCCAUCAUUGACUUUUUUUAUUAAAAUGGAAGUGAUAAAUGUAUGUUUUUCCAUAUUUUUUUAGGCAUUACAUGCUAGAGGAUACUACAGAAAAAUAUAUAUACACGGUGUAGCACAAUUAAGCAUCCUGUGACAUUAUUUUAUUCAAAACAGUACCAUUUUUGAGAAUCCUUUGUCCAGGCAGGGUAGCAUAGUAUGUUGGUGGUGAAAUAGAGGUGUUCAUUGCAUCAUAUGACCUCUCUGUUUUUCUUUCUCUUUCUCUGUGAAUUGCUUCCACACAGACUCAGACACACACACACACACACACACACACACACACACACACACAAACAUGCACACUUUGUUUAUUAAAAUUUCCUACUAAAAUCUAGUGACUUUCUGCAAAAAAUAAUAUUUUGAAGUGAUUUUCAAAAACUUCUAUAAGGUCUGUAAUAUUUUUAAACUGACAAUACAGUGUAACACAAUAGAAACAUUGACAAUACAAUACAGUACAAUAGAAACACAGUCCACUUUCUCUUGGUGUACCAUGUAAGAUCACUUAUUCGUAAUAUACCAUGCAUGCACCUAAAGUGAGAUUAGACAGCCACAGACUACUGGUAUCCUAAGCAUCACAUGAACCAAAAAUAGAAAAUUGUGUGACUGAAAAUAAUCUAUUAAAUAUAUCAGAAAAAAAAGUAGCCACUUGUAAUAUGUUCUUCCAGCUAACUGACACCAGUUAAUAAACUGCUGUUGUCAGUUACUUUCCCAACAGAUUAUUUCAAACACAGUUUAUAAGAUAAAUGUUGUUAAAAUCACGAGAGAUCUCAUGUAGCUUGAAAGGUAAAUGUAAUCAAGUUCACAGAAAUCUCUUGUACAUUUUGGUAACUGGUGCUCAAAAAACUCCUAAAGACAGUAAGUAGGACAGUAGAAGGGCUUCUACCAUAUUAAUCCACAGGAAAUGAACAAAAAGUCAUCCAGCUGUUAUUUCCAUGUACCCCCCCCCCCAUAUCUCUUAAAAUUUCAUAGAAUUUUUUUUUGAAAGUGGCCUUACUUUUAUUCCUUUUUUCAAACUAUUGUGUGCCUACCGAGGGAUGUUUUCCAUAAUAUCCUGAUACUAUUUAUAAAUUUGAAAGCACUACGAAUGCAGCUAAAGGCAUUAGUUUGUGCUGUUUUCUUAUCCCCAAGUCAUUUUGGUGAAAAUGCUGUAGUCUAACACACUUAGCUAGGAGUCAGCAGGUAAUUACUGGUUUCUCUGUAGAAUCAGUUCUGAAAAUAUCUUGUUUUAAAUAAGUUUUCAAACCAAUGAAUUUUCAUACUGCAUGCUAAUUAGUGAAAUAGUUUUGAGACCACAGGGACAGGCAUUUUUAUGAUAAAAUCUCUUUUUGGUCUAAAUGUUAAAAACAUUUCUAAAUUUUUUAAUAUUCUGUUCUACCUAUAGUGACUCCCUAAUAAUGUCACAGAGCUUUAGUACUUUGAAUACUUGGGAAAGUGGCAAUGACUGCUUUAAUUUGAAAGUGGUCCAAUAUACUAUAGUAAUGGAUUAUGAAAUGAGAUGGAUAACAAAACUGCAGAGAUCAGGGUGCAGGAACAACUUACCUAAAGAAUCUAACUGUUGGUGUUAACAUUUUUAUAGAGUAUAUUAUUAAAGUCUAUAUGAAUGAGGCCCAGAACUUUCAUGCUGCCUUUUAAGAAAAAAAAUAUAUAUAUAGCUAUAUAUAGAUAUAUAAAAGAAACAUUGAGCGUUAGAAAGGAAUACAGAGAUUAUGUUGUAAGAUAUUUAUAAAUAUUUGCUUGUAAGCAGAAUUUUGUAACUGGACUGUAAUUGUAACUAUGUAACUGUAUGAAUUAGAACUGUACCAGUGAGUUGUUAUGCUGUGUAUAAUGCCUUUAUAAUUGUACAUCUUCCAGCUGGAAUUUCUGUUCAGUGAACAUUAAAAGUUUAAACUGGGUAAAUUCAGUAGCCAUUGA